CGCGGCUCAACUUUGCACAGCAAUUGAAUUGACGGCUCCGUGUCUUUCGCAUCUCAGGGGAAUCGGCCGCUCGCAUCACUUCAUUGCAUAGAGGAGGCAGGAAAUCGUCUUUGUAUCCGCCAUAGCCGCGUCGGUGCCCAUCAUGUCGGCCAAGCAACAGAGACCUUCCGUCCUGGUCACGGAUGCAAGAGAGAGGGCGGACCAGCGACGAUCGCCACGGCGCCCGGGCACAUCGUCUGGUGCCCCUGGACGGACGCCGAUGCGAUUCAUGACGGUUGACAACAUUCUCCAGCACGACUCCCAGAUUCCUUCGGGCCAGCCUCGCGGGCCACCGAUGCCAACACAGAGGCCGCAUACUUCUGGCGGCCUUCCCUCGGGCAACCGACGCAUCACAGCCGGCGGCCUGCCAAACCUCCCAUCUCGCACCGGCAAGCCGAUCCCCUCGCGAACUACUAAAAUUAGCGAAAAGCUCGUCCUGCUGCCUGUCACCGAUGAACGGGAUGAAGAAGACGAGGAACUUGAGGGAGAGGCAGCGAUCAAUUUGAUUUUACAGGAUGAUACACGCAAGCCGUUGAGAGACGAGGAGCUGGAUGUGCUUCGGAAAAGGGGCGGUAUCCGUGGCAAGAGUUAUGCAGAACGGCUACCCAAAAUGCAGAGGACGGACAAAGUCAGUCGACUGACGGCAUACUGCACUGCGCAAGCGUUCAAGACGAAAGAGACGGCGGAAUUUUUGAGGAAGAAACAUGAGGCAAAGACCAAGCUCUAUGAUGAUUGUCUUUAUGCCAUAUAUGCCCUUCCGCUGAUGAACGGGAUUGAAGGCUAUAGAGUACGCAGUCGACCGAUACUGAAGACGCCCGGAACAGGAAAAACUGUGCUGGACUUGGAAAUUGAGCGUAGCGAACAGCGAGAUCACCACGAGGGUUAUUUUGACCACGACGCCUAUACUUCUGCUUCCGAAGACUCUAGCAAUGGCCAGAGACAGCCUUCUGCGUUUGCCGACCCUUCUUCACCGCCCAGCGAUGGCCUUUUGUCACCGCAAGGCUCAUAUCCUCCCAUCGACGACGGCAUUGCCUCCCAUAUGAGUCGCCUCGCGCCUGAUGCAAAGAACUUUGCAGAGAUGUUCGUCUUCUCGUACGGAGUGGUUGUGUUUUGGAAUUUUACGGAGCACCAAGAAAAGGACAUUCUCGCGGAUCUUACCUUUGCCGAUGCUGAGGACGGUGUCAACCUGCUUUCACGACCCUUGGACCAGGGCGAUUACGAGACUGAAGAAUUCCAUUUCGAAUAUAGUCCCGAUGUGCAGCGGCCGCGAAUAUUCAACGACAUGAUUACGUUGCUGCCUCGAUCUGAUCAUAUGAUCAAGUUGACCAUUAGCCACGCAAUUGCGCAAAGUACCAAGCUGUGCUUUUUUGAGGAGAGGAUGAGCGAGACAAUGCUUGAUGCGCAGCACGUCCCCAAGACACUGGCUUUGACAGGAGAGCUAGGCAUGACCAGGGCUGAAAUCGUCAAGAUCAUGGGCCGCCUGUUUAAGAGCCGCGUGGAUAUUAAUCUUUCAUCAAAUAUCCUGGAUGUGCCCAAUUUCUUUUGGGAUUCUGAGCCUACUCUGCAUCCAUUGUAUGAAGCUAUCCGCGAGUACCUCGAAAUCGACCUUCGUAUCAAAGUCCUCAACGAGCGUUGCCGUGUAUUCCUAGAUCUCGCAGAGAUUCUCGCCGACUCGGAUGCCGAUGCCAAGAUGAGCUACAUCACAUGGAUCAUCAUAGCUCUUAUCGUCUUGAGCAUCCUCGUCACCGUUACUGAAGUGGGCCUACGCUUCGCCAUGCUCGAGAAGAGCAAACGCAAUGAUGAAGAGGGCGGGAACAACGGAACUAAAUGCUCUGGAUCUGACGUGACGUGGAGCACUAAUGGCAACCCUGCUAUGCUAUCGAUGCCGGUUGACGGGACAAAACAUGCGGCCUUGGGCUCGAGCGAUCUUGAGGUGUUAGCCCGCGCUCUAGGCUUGGAGGACCAGGCCACGUUUGAAGAUGUAAGGCGUGGCAUCUGGCAUCUUAGACAAGGCAGCGGCUCGGGAUCGCGGUAUGACGGUCAGAUGGAAGACGUGGAUUGAUUUGAUUUGCUUGUGCGGACUUGUGUGAAAAAGGAUUGAUGGUGCCUGCGGUUUUUCGGGCUGCCGGGCUUUGCAGCUCUCCGUACCUCUUCUGGCGUUGUGUUUACUUGCCUACUAAUAUGCAGAAUUUUAUAGGUGCAUUAUUUAUUCUCUUGAGCUGUCUGUAAAAUGCAGCCUAGACAUUUGGUAGCGAUGGAUGAAUUUCAUGGAGUUGGGCUGGAGGUCUAUCAGCGUUUGAUAGCUUUUUAAUAUAGUACAAAACCGUUAUAAUACUGAUGACCCAUGGGCAUACAGAGCACAUUACAAGACACCAUUACAUGUCAUCUAUACCGCAUAUCCAGCUACACUGCAUCUAACAAACC